CGGAGCGGAGGCGCACGGAAGGGAGCGGUGCUGGCCCUUUCCUGGUCCCGGCUCGGCCAGACGCGCCUCAGCAGCCGCGCGUGGCCAUGGCGACAGGGCUCGGGCUCUCCGUGCCGUUCCCCUCGGCCGCAGCCGCUUCGCCACGGGGCCGGGAUGAACAGUCUGAAGUAGUGGAUUCUGCAUCUAUAGAAAGAGAUGAUAUGGGAAAAGGGAUUGAUCUCAAAAAUAAAGAAGUGGGCAUUAAGCAAGACAAAUCUGUCAUCAAAACUCAUACUGAAAUUACUGAAUUGUUAGAUGAAGAACUGGAUGCUCUCCGGGCUUUUUGCACCGUUAAGAUUAGUGAGAUGCGUCAGCAGCUGCUCUCUAAGCAGGCAAGUGGUGACAAGUCAAGAAAACUGCAGCAUGGAUUCACAGCAAAGGAACCAGAGACAAGAGAUUUGAACUGCGUCGUUCCUGAUGGACUAAUGAACAGGAUCCGCCUGAAAAAUAUCAGAGACACUGUUAAACAGGUGACAGAAGCUCAAAUUCACAGAUCCUAUGUAUGCAUUGACUGUCAGAAGAAGGAGGCAGAGCUAGCCAAGAUCACCUUUCUCAGACGAAAGAAGAUUCUAAUGGAAAGUGCUUUAAUCCAAGAGAAAUUAGAAGAACAGAUUUACUCCAGAGAUGUGCUCACACAUAUAGGAGAAGCACUUGGAAGCCUUCUCAAUCCUUCAGAGGAUCCCAGGAACUUAUGAUAAAGGCUGAAAGGUCAGAAAAUGUAAGGCCUGAAAAGUAGUAAACAUAAUUCAAGGACAUAAAGAACUGGGAGAGUCUUCUGCAAGCAGUCACCUACUGAAUGCCAACGAUUGUGGAUAUAACCUGUUUUGUCAGUGAUGAAUUGGGUAGUGGUUUAAUAAUCUUGCAGGUGGAACCAGAUAUGCCCAGCAUGCUGGUGUCUGGGUUAUGAUUCAACUCUUCAUUCAUGCAAAUGUCCCAAUACGUUUUAAUCCAACUAUAUGCAUUUUUCAAAAUAAGGAAGCCAACACUUUCUAUUAUUAAUCUGACAAGUAAUAAGUGUUGGGUUUUGUGGGAUUGCUUGUGGGAUUUCACAGCAGCUCCCAGCUGCUUCCAUCCAUAAGAAAAAUAAAUGAUUCUGGUUUUUGGGGCAGGGAGGUGUAAUUACUGGAUUUCAGCUCAAUCUUAACCCACUGUCUCAUGGUAAAUUGAAAGUGAGAGCCUCAGGUGGAGGAGGAAAAGAAGGUUGCAAAGUAACUAUAGAAAGGAGUAAAAUGAGAUGGGAUAUUUAUAGAACUGAAAUAAUGAGACUAUUACAGAAAUUAAUCAGCAAGACUGAGGAUGCCGACAGGACAAGAAAUGAUAAUAAAUUAAUCAUAGAACCUGUAUAGGAUAGGUGUCUAGGAAGAGAAAAAACAACAUAGAUUAAAACUGGAAUAAGAUGCCAAAUAGUAUUUUUGACCAUUUUUUGAAUAUACUUGGGAAUUUAUUGUAAUUUUCCGUGAUUUUUUUUCAAAAUGGCAAAGUCACUGUCUUCCAAAGAACAGGUCUGGGGCAAGAAUUGGUAUUCAGUAUGCAUCCAAAGAGAAUGGCUCUGUGCGGGGGCACUCAGUGCCUCAGACAAUGCAAUCAUCUUCAUUGUAGCCUCAAAAGAUGGAUGCUGAUCUGUGGGCACAAAUGCAGCCCACCUUUCUGAUUACUGCUGACAGCAAGAGCUCACUGCACUACUCCUGGAGUAACCUUGUGGCCGUUGGACUUGGUGAGUCAUGAAGUUACUGACUCCUCAGUCUAUGGUUUACUGACUUCUGUGGACUUAUAUCUCUGAAGGCUGUGGAAAUCUUAAAGGAAUAUACUUAGCUAUGAACUCAUACUAUGAUUUUGUUUUGAAGCAAAUAGGAUUCAACCUUAAUGUAGCAUUUUAUCUUUCCAUUUCAGACAAUAAUGUGUAUUGUUGACGUUGGGUUUGUAUUUUAUACCCAUAUGGUUAUUUUAUUUUGUAUGCUGUAUAGUGUUUAUAAAAUGCU